AUGUUUGAUUCGGGCCGCAUCUAUGGCAUCGAAUACCUGAAGAAUGUGUUCGCCAUGACAUGUGGAAACUCCAUCUUUGUGGCUAGUCCCAUGAUGGCUGACCCUUACGAAACGCCCGUCGAGACCGAAAUCAAGCGUGUUCCUGGUAACAUAGGACAGCCAGGACUGUCCUUCCUCAUCCCACCGCCAGAACCAAGGAUCAGAAAGUCAAACCCUGAGGCUUGGGCCGUCCUCAACCACAAGCCGUUUGAAGGGCAGCUCGAAGACAACUUUUGGAAAACUUCGAUGCACUUGGCCCUCACGCAGUACCAGCCCGGGUUGCCUGGCCUGAACCCCGAUGAGCACUUCAUUGAUGAAGCAAGUGCCCUCCGGGAAACCCUGGUCCAGGUCUACGACAGCUCGGAAUGGGUAUGCGAUCUCGACAUCCUGUCGACUCUGAGUAACCCGCUGGUGUCCCGUGUUACAUGCAGUGAUCAGGACCAACACACGGCAUCUCAGACGAUCCCGGACACCUUUCCGCAAACCGUCACAGUGGACAACUGGGAAGAACUACUUACGCCGCCCGUUGAUGCAGCAGUCUCUGUUGUUCGAACAUCCGGGAACUGGCUAGGAAGGCUCGCUGCCGUGGGGGUUAGCAUCCGCUUAAGGAGACGUACUGUUAUUCUUCCGAAACAGCCAUGUUGGUCUUGUGUUGAGACUCACUUGAGAGCAUUGAACCCUUCUGACGAUGAUGAUUGGGACCCUGUCCAUGAUCGGGACCCUGUCCUGAUCUUGUAA